AUGUUCGCACCAAGGAUUGAAGAAGGUGAAACUAUUGAUAUCUAUUUAGAUCUAAUCUAUGGGCCUUUAGUAUUGGACAAUGAGUUAGAAAAUGAUGAUAAUAGUGAUUCAAGUUCUACAAGCAAUAAUGAUGAUAUUCCAAUAGCAGGAACUCAACGACAUUUACGGCAUGCAUAUCAACAGUUUAGACAGAGGAUGAAAAAAACCCAUGGUCGGGGUCGAGGUCGAGGUCGAGGUCGUAAUUGCAAUCAAGACAAAUUAUGGGAAAUGCCUAAUGAAAGUUCUUUAACUGCAAUGAUAUUGGAUCCUAGAAUAAAAAAUUUUCUAUUUAUGAAUGGACCUGAUCGCGCACAGCAAAGAACACAAGCUGAGUUCCUUUUAAGGGAUUUAUAUACUCAGCUUAAGCAAGAGUUAACCAAUAAAAAUCUUGAGGUGCCGUAUUCAACAGUGGACUUGAUCAAUGAUGCUGAAGACAUAUUCUCGAAAAUGUGGGCCGAUAAUCAUGUACAAACGGAAGAUGAAGUUACUC